GAACUCGCGAUGGAUUUAAUCCUCAAACUUUCUGGGAUAAAUGUCAUGGUCAUGCCAAUACAGUGCUCGUUCUGAGGGUUGAAGGAACUGGCGAAAUUAUUGGAGGAUAUAAUCCUGUAGCAUGGGAUAAAAGAACUGGAGGAACUUG